CUGAAACACUACAUGGGUACCGCGAUAAUUCCGGCUUCCAAAACAUCAUUUUCGUCUAUGGUGAGAAGAUCGACUAGCGAAAUAACUGUCCGUUCUGGCUUUUAUCUACGUUGAGCUGAGUUUCCUUCCUAUUUGCUCACAAACAUAGCUGCCUGUCGCGCCUCCCUACGGAAUCAAACGCGAUGAUCCUCUGGAGCUCUCUACACUGCUACUCGACCUGACAUGAUAUGCGAGCAUGCGUCUUGUAUAAACAAUUUGGUUUUGGAUGAAUGUGGUCACAGACUUUUCAGACCAUGUCUUUGUCCGCUGAACACCUGCAUUCGAUUGACAGCGCCGGCGACUCCGGUUCGGAGGAUGAUCUUGACUUAGAGGAGCUGGAUCCUGAGGCGGAGGGUAAUUCCCAUUCCUUCAGACAACCUGGGAAUAAUGCUGGGAAGCGGAGAGGUUAUGGAGACGGUAUUGCUCUCAGAAACUUACGCGUAGGGGGUAGGGGUCGUCUUUGGGGACGACAUCAGCGCCGUGAAUCAGAGGACGACCUGGACGCCUUGUUGGAGGAACAAGGUGACGAGACUGGCCGAGUGUCUGGAAGCUCGAACAACUUCCCAGAGGACGAUGCACCUCUUCUGCGCAGUUCGACUCGUGGUGGCCUGCGCCCGUCGAUACACGACGAACCGUCCACCACGCGAAUCGGCCGAUUCCGCCUCCCUAGUUUCAAAGCGACAAACGCAUCACAUCUCCCAUUCAGUAACCAGGAUGCUGCUGAGAGCGCUCCUGAAGAUGCACCUUCGCGGGAAGUCCUGGUAGGACAAGCCCAGAAGACCAAAUUCCCUGCGAACGUCGUCUCGAAUGCAAAAUAUACCCCGUGGAGCUUCCUGCCUCGCACGUUGUACAAUGAGUUCUCCUUCUUCUUCAACAUUUAUUUCCUUCUCAUUGCCCUUUCGCAAAUCAUCCCUAUUCUGCGAAUUGGAUAUCUAUCGACCUACAUUGCGCCUCUUGCCUUCGUUGUCUCCAUAUCACUCGGUAAGGAAGCUCUUGAUGACAUAGGGCGUCGAAGAAGGGACGCAGAAGCGAAUGCGGAGGAGUUCACGGUUUUGUCUUUCGGCCGACCAGUCGCCCGGGGCCAUGCGCGAGUGCUGUCAGCUGCCCAGAGCCCCGAAGUUGACAGCUCCAAACUAUACGAGAUCAAGAAGAAAUCCCGCGAUCUUAAAGUAGGCGACAUUCUCAAGCUCCGUAAGGAUCAGCGUCUGCCUGCCGAUGUGGUCAUCUUGAAAAGCACACUGAACGACGCAUCCGCAUCUGAGUCCCAAGAGUCCACCUCCGAGGCUGCACAGGAACCUGUGUCGGAUCUCAUUGAUGCAGCUAUCACAAAUUCCCCGGUAGAUGCGCAAGGCUCAACACUCGAUAACACCAUCGCGGCCGUCUCUUCCACCUCAACAGAUGCAACCAAUGAUACGUUCAUUCGGACCGAUCAGCUUGACGGAGAGACAGACUGGAAAUUACGUCUUCCUUCCACACUCUCACAAGGUCUCCUCCUCAGCGAUUACCCGCGACUGAAGGUCACCGCUGGUCCUCCUGAAAAGGACGUUAACAAAUUCGUGGGUACGAUUGAGCUAAUGCAGCCCGGUGGUGCUGCCUAUGACCCUCAUAUCGACAAGUCCAGGAACCCUGCAUCUCCUGGGGCGGAUACCGACGGUGACCAAGGCGGUGAGCCAUCACGGAACACUUCUGCCCCCUUGACAAUCGACAACACUGCCUGGGCGAACACUGUCAUUGCAUCGAACACCACGACCCUAGCGGUUAUCAUAUACACGGGAUCGCAGACGCGAUCGGCGUUAUCAACGUCGCCUUCUAGGUCUAAGGUGGGCUUACUGGAAUAUGAAAUCAACAGUCUAACCAAGAUACUAUGCGUAUUAACCUUUCUAUUAUCCAUCAUCUUGGUUGCUUUAGAGGGAUUCCAACCCACUAACGACAAAGAAUGGUAUAUCGCGAUCAUGAUCUACCUGAUUCUCUUCUCGACCAUUAUUCCCAUGAGUCUGCGGGUCAACCUUGAUAUGGCGAAGUCCGUCUACGGCCGUUUUAUCGAGCGCGACAAAGAUAUCCCUGGAACAGUUGUCAGAACUAGUACCAUCCCCGAAGAUCUGGGGCGGAUAGAAUAUCUACUGUCAGAUAAGACGGGAACACUAACACAAAACGAAAUGGAGUUGAAAAAGAUCCAUGUUGGAACUGUUUCAUACGCAAAUGAGGCAAUGGAGGAAGUUGCUUCUUAUAUCCAACAGGGUUUCUCCGGGACCCCUACGGGUAACGGGGCAGCGCCAGUAUUGAUCACACCAUCAUCGGUAUUUGGCGCUCAUGCUGGGGCGGGCGGUGCUACACGAACGCGCAGAGAGAUAGGAUCUCGUGUUCGAGAUAUUAUCCUUGCCUUGGCUCUGUGCCAUAACGUCACUCCGACAACUGACGAAGAAGAUGGCCGAAAAGUUACUAGUUACCAGGCUUCAUCCCCCGAUGAGAUUGCCAUCGUGAAGUAUACUGAGGAAGUUGGUCUUCGACUGGCGUAUCGCGACCGCCAAAGGAUCGUUCUCGAGUCUACUCACACGAAUAAUGUGGUUGUACGCGUCCGUAUCUUGGAUGUUUUCCCCUUCACUUCCGAUAGCAAACGCAUGGGUAUCAUAGUCCGAUUUGAAAAUACUGUCGGUCAGCAAGAUCUCUCCAAGGAUGACCCCGAGAUAUGGUUCUAUCAGAAAGGUGCAGAUACUGUUAUGUCUUCUAUAGUUGCGGCCAAUGACUGGCUGGAUGAGGAAACAGCAAAUAUGGCCAGAGAAGGUCUGCGAACUCUCGUCGUUGGCAGGAAACGGCUUUCCUUUCAGCAAUACCAGGCCUUUUCUGCAAGCUACAAGGAAGCAUCCCUAGCCCUUCAUGGUCGGGAUGUCGGGAUGGCCAAGGUUGUUGGCCAGCAUCUUGAGCGCGAUCUUGAACUUCUAGGUGUGACUGGUGUUGAAGACCGUCUACAAAAAGACGUGAAGCCAUCUCUUGAGCUUCUGCGCAAUGCUGGCGUUAAAAUAUGGAUGCUGACUGGUGACAAAGUCGAGACUGCACGCUGUGUUGCUGUUUCAGCAAAAUUGGUUGCUCGAGGCCAGUACAUUCAUACUGUUGCCAAACUGAAAGAAAAGUCCGUCGCUCAGGAAACUCUUGAUUUCCUUCGAAACAAGACCGAUGCAUGUCUUCUCAUCGAUGGUGAAUCACUAUCUCUGAUGUUGGCCCAGUAUCGGUCUGCAUUUAUUACUGUCGCCGUCCGUCUGCCCGCUGUGAUUGCCUGUCGAUGCUCCCCGACUCAGAAAGCAGAAAUUGCAGAUCUGAUCCGACAGCAUACUAAAAAGCGCAUUUGCUGCAUUGGUGAUGGAGGUAAUGAUGUCUCCAUGAUCCAGUCUGCGGAUGUUGGUAUCGGUAUUGUGGGCAAGGAAGGUCGACAAGCCUCCUUGGCCGCGGACUUUAGCAUAACGCAGUUUCAUCAUGUCACUAAACUGCUGGUGUGGCACGGGCGGAACUCCUAUAAACGCUCGGCGAAGUUGGCACAAUUCAUCAUGCAUCGUGGGCUUGUCAUCAGCGCAUGUCAGACUAUGUACAGCAUCGCUAGCCACUUCGAUCCUAAAGGUCUGUUUGUUAACUGGCUUAUGGUCGGUUACGCCACGAUAUAUACAAACGCCCCUGUUUUCUCCCUUGUUCUGGACCGUGACGUCGACGAGGAACUAGCGAACCUUUACCCCGAGCUUUACAAAGAACUGAAAACCGGCCGAAGCCUGAGCUACCGUUCCUUCUUCACGUGGGUUAUGGUCUCCGUAUACCAGGGUGCAGUUAUCCAGGGUCUCUCGCAGAUCCUUGUCGGCGCUAUCAGUGGUCCCCGACUUAUCAGCGUGUCAUUCACCGCAUUGGUUCUCAAUGAACUCCUGAUGGUGGCUAUUGCUGUGACGACCUGGCACCCGGUCAUGAUCUUCUGCAUCCUUGGAACGGCGCUGGUAUAUGCAGGCAGCGUUCCGUUCCUGGGAGACUACUUCGAUCUCGCAUACGUUAUCACUUUGGACUGGGUCUGGCGAGUUGUCGUAGUAUCAGCGGUGUCGGUGAUCCCAGUCUGGAUCGGAAAGCUUGUGAAGCGGGCCUGGAGCCCUCCAAGCUACCGCAAGGUUAGAGGCUAAUGUGUUGGAUCAUUCUGGUUCUGUUGAUUUGCUUGGUUUAUCUGGGAGCAAAGGUGUUUCUGGCGCUUCGUUGUCGAUGGUUGUCAGCAAGCCUGAUGACAUCAUGUUUUCCGUA